AUGGACUUUGCGAAAACUGAGAUAACCAAGGGAGUAACAGCUAUUUUUAACAGAAUGAGAAACGAGACACACGAUGAUGAUGAGCCAAUACUGAGAUUGAAUUCUGAAGAUGAGGAAGAAGCAGAUAUUGAACUAGAUGGCGGAAAAACAGAGGCGAGAAUAUUUAACAAGCAAGAGGCGCCAUUGGAACAGACCCCAUUUAAGGUGUUGCUGGAGCUUGAGGGUGUAGGAGCCGACGAGGGCAGAUUAGGCGUGGAUCUAGUGACCAUCUUAGAUAUCAGCGGUAGCAUGAGGGGUAUCGAGUUAGCAAAACUGAAACUUGCCAUGCAAUUCUUGGUCCAGAAACUAAGUCGAACUGAUCGUUUAUCUGUCGUCACUUUCAAUAGAAAGGCCGAGAAGUUAUGCCCACUGCGCCAGAUAACCGAAAAUUCCCGAACAGAGAUCGCAGAUCAAGUCAAUGAUUUGGUAGCCAAAUCAAGCACAAACACUGAAGCUGGCCUGAAAUUGGCCUUAAAAAUACUGAAUGACCGAACUCGCACCAGAAACCGUAGUGUAGCUAUUAUGCUUAUGUCUGAUGGAAUAGAAGAUUCCGAGAGUCCGGCCAUCACUGUUCCGGUUAGCGAGGUGCCUGUAUACACCUUCGCUUUUGGUAGUGCAUGCGAUCAUGAGGUGCUUAGUGGCAUUGCCAAGAACAGCAAAGGAGGGACGUUCUCACCUGUUCCAGACUUGGAAGAUCUGAGUGUUGCAUUCUCUACGUCUUUGGCUGGGCUUCUUAACGUGUCUAUUGAGGACCUGACUCUGACCGUAGCACCACUGAAUAGUUCACAACUCAAUAAGGUGAAUGCCGGAAAUUACCCACAGACAAGGCAGGCCACCGUAAUGGAGCCUGUAACUGUUACAUUCAGGGUUCUUGGGAAGGAUACAUUGGAUUCUGAUGAGAGACUCAUAAACGUGACCCGCACAGCUAAACCAAAAGACGAAGAAAGACGGGAGGUACUUGCCGAGGAAACGCGUAUUGGAACUGCAAGUUCGAUAAAAGAAGUCAGAAUACUGGCCGACCAAAGAGAGCUGGCUGAGGCUAGGAAAAAAUUGGAAGAUGCCAAUGCAUCACUUUCUGAGAUUGAUGCGGUACUUAAGGCUCAGGUGGAGCACCUCCAUCUACUCAUGGCAUCACAAGAAACUUAUGACAAUCAAGGAAAAGCUUUUGCACUUGCCCUUGAGGCUUCUCAUGAAUCACAACGUUCCACAGCUCUCCCAGCUGGUAUUCCAAGUUUGUACGAUACCCCCCUUAUGGCCGAAUACAAAACACAAGCUAGGAAUUAUGACUUGGAUCCUGAGGGUUAUAAAGUACCCAGACCAGAGGAAGAUAAGAUAACCACUGCACCCCCACCUCCUCCAUCCCUACAGGUGGAUCGUGCUAAGAUUCAGGAGAUCCUUGAUAUGGCCAACCAGCUUGCCAAACUACUAAGAGAUCUGGACUCCUAG